GGGGUCACGGCCGGGCGCGGGGGGCCGCGGCCAUCGGCGGCGCCCGGCCCCGGCGAGGCAGAGGCUUGAAAAAGGCGAGGAGCGAGGAGAAAGCCUCGGGAGCCCGAGCGAGGAGGGCGUUUUCCCCCGGCCGCCUCCUUUUUGUAAGUCCGAGUUGCGAGAGGAACUUUGUGCCUCUUUUGUCUCCUAUCUGCAGCGCUCGCAGCGGCCGCGGCUCUCCCACCCCCACCCCCCUCGGCCGCCGGUUUGGGAUCUCCCUGCUUCCCCCCCACCCCCCUCCACCGAAAGAUCCCACAUAAUAUAGUGGUAAAGUCCCGCUCCCUCUCUCCUCUCUCUCUCGGAGUUUUUCCCCCCUUUCUUUCUCUCUCUCUCUCUCUCCCCCUUUUUUUAAUAAUAUUAUUCUAAGCUGGCAUGAAAAGUGAUUAUCCGCGCUGUGAUUGGUCCGGUUAUCUGACCCGGGGACUGCCAGGAGAAGACAAUAGUUUUAGUCAAAUUAUUUGCCAUGGUGACGCUGUCAAUCAGGGGUAACCCGAUCUGUUUUGAGGUGGCUCCCCGGCUGGCUUGACAGAUUGCUCAGAUCCACUCAGAGGCGGCCCUGCGAGCUGAGAUAUUAGCUAGCGAGGGAGAAAUUGCCACCGUGAUUGACGCUGCGGGCACCCACCGGCAGCAGGGGAGCGGGGAGCCGCCGCCCCGUCGGGGCCCCGCCGGUCCCGUUGGGGGGAACCACCCACCCCCCUCCCCCGGCCCUCGCGGCGAGUUCUCUGCUACAGGAGCUGCCUCGUCCCCUCCCCAGCGCCCAGCAGCAACUGGCGGCGAGCUUUCUGGGGAAGGGGCCUCCCGCGUACAAUAGAGACCCUGUUCCCACCCGGGAUCCCGUUACACGCCGGCCGUACCUGCCCGGAGCGGGGACCGGCUGCUGGUAGGGCUCGAGCCAUGUCCGCCUGGCCCUGCCGCUCGCCUCUCCCCGCCGGAACCCGGCGUCGGUUUUUGCUCCGCUUCCAGCCCCGUGCCGGGGUGCUGCGCCCCGGGGGACACGCGUAAAGGCCGGGGACACUCGGCAUGACCGCGCGGUCCCCUGUCACCUCCUGUCCUCUCCUGUCCCCUCGGUGUGGGCGAAGCGAGAGCCGGCCGGCUGGGCUGCCGGGCCCGGGGGCAGCCGCAGCGCCCUGGGGAAGCGCCCUCGGGGGUCGGCUGCAGGCUCCGGGGGGAGCCCAGGUGAAGGCGCUCGGGGGGAGCCCCUCGGAUGCUCACCGCCGCCGUGCGUGGCCCCAGGGCUGAUCUCACGGCCCGAAAUGUUCCGUUUUCGGGGAGAAAUAACACAACGGCCAACAAGCUCUUCCGACGCCAUUUGCAGCCCCACCAGCACGGCUCUGCCGUCGUGCGCUCCCACCUUUCUGACAGCCCCCCAGCUGCUCCCCUGCGCCUCAGGGGCUCGGCGAGAUCUCGGAAGCCCCCGCCGCGGCUCCCCGCCCCGCAGUCCGACUCUCCGGAGCCCCCGGGCCCUGCGGAGUGGCCGGGCCAGAGGCUGGAGAGGCCGGGCGGCAGCGGGCGAAGCCCCCUCGGGGAGGGAGCUGGGGCCGAAGGAGGGCAGCGGCUCAGCCGCGGCCAAAGCCCGACCCGUCGGGGCGCCUGUGCGCACCCACCGGCCGCGUGCGGAGUUUUUCGAGGCAUUCGUUUCCAACGAAUCUGGGAACGUCGGUGGCGGGGCCGUAAAGCCCCCGUGCGCCAGUCUCCCUCCCCUCCGAGCAGAAUGAGCACUCGGCCGCUCAGCGCCUUGCUGCGGGCCGAUUCCUGCGGGAUUCAAACCGUGCUCGUUUGGAAACGAUCGCGUCCCACUCUCCGCGCUUCCCGCUCGGCCGCAGCGGAGGAUGGGGCGCAGCUGGGGCUGUAGCGGGCGGCCGCGGGGUGGGAGAGAUGAUCCGAUUUAAAAAUAUUCCUU